UUGUAUUUUCGGCUUUAUUUCAAAAUUUGACAUUUCUCCAUUGCUGCCAACAUUUCGCAAAUAUAAAUAUUCAAAAAAACAGUUUCAAAAGGAAAUAUCAAAUUGUUUAAUUCAAAAAAGUGCUUAAGCUAAUUGGGGCUUGGAUUUUAGUUAAUAAUAAAAUAUAAACAAAUAAAAACAAAAUUUCUAUUUACUUAAUAAUUAUAAAUUUGAUGGAUUUAACACUAAAAAGAAAAUGGAACCCGUAAAGAAAAGAAGAAAUUCGAUUUUAAAAAAGAAAUCAGCAGACGAAGACAUAACAACCGAAAUCAAGGCUCGGCGAAUUAGUUUUAGUGGAAAGAAAUCCGUAAAAGAAUUCAUUGCCGGUGAAGAAGCGGAAACAAUCUGGGGAACAUCUUAUGAAGAAUCAGCCGAUGAUUUAAAAGUAAGCUCCUCUGAAAGCGGUUUAGUUAAUGUUCACGUUAAGCGAAUACAAUUGAGAAAUAGGCGUGUUAUUUGUGAUCCCCAACAACAGCAACAACAACAACAGCAGAAGCGUCGUUCCUCGAUAAGAAAGAAAGUCCUCAUAGCUGAAAAUGAUAAAGAAAAUUUGUGCAUUAAACCGCCAAAUCCACCCACCGACACCGCCAUCGCUGCCGCCGUAGUUGAGAUUGUUGAAACUGUGGUGCAGCAGUCUUCCGCUCUUCCUUUGGUUAGAAUCGAACAAACUCAAUCAAAAUCUCCGUCUCCAAUAAAAUCAGAGUUUGCUGUGGAAAAACAAAAUGAACAAAACGUCACGGUCGUUUCGAAAAAUCGAGAAACUAUGCCACCGAAGAAGCUUGUUGUUGAUUGUUCGAGUAUUUGUUCGAGUACUUUUGAUUUUAUUAAUUUUUCCGCACAAAUAAACAAAACAAUUACCAUUGAGCAAAGUUUAGAUGUGUCAUUGAAUGAAUCCGAACUUCAAUUGUUUAAAUUUCGAGUUCCAGUGAGUACGACGGCGACGACUACGACGACGACGUCUACAGAAAUAAGUCCCAAUACGUCAAAUGUCUUAUGUCGGAGUAUUCUGAUGUCAGAAGAUGAUGUGAAUGUUAUGAAAAUGGUUAGAAAACAAAAGAAGAAAGGCGAAAUGAAUGCAAUCGAGAAUCAAAUAAUUGACGAAGAAUUAAAAUUAAUCGAGACGAAAAAGCGUGAUGGGGACUCAACGUUAACGACAGAUAAUUCAAAAGUGAAUAAUGAUGAGACAAUGAAAACACAUAUGGAUGAACAACCGACUGAAAUUGACACAGGAAAUACCAGUACUGCAAUGGAAAUAUCUCAAAUUUGCGAUAACAAAGGAUCAAAGAGGAAAUCGGACAGAACAGCUCAAGCUUUUCCUAUAGAUUCGACAUUAGUUGAUAUGAACUCUCCGAUGCGUAAAAAACCAAUGCACUUAUCACAUUAUACUUCAAUGGAUGACACAAACAAUCUUAUUGGUAAUUCCUCUCAUCAAAACAAAUCAAUCGGAAUGCCGACUAUUUAUGAUUCUGUUGCACUUGAAGAAUCCAACGUCGGUAUAAAUUCCCUUGCUGGAACAAAUUUCCUAAGUCAUACUAUUUUCGAUAGUAAAACAAUUAUUAACGAAAGUUCAAGCUUUCCUAAUACCACUGCAGCUUGUUUAGCUUUGGGAAAUCAAACAGAUGGUAUAUCAAUGGAAUUAUCACUGUGUACACCAAAUGCUCAAGAAAAUCAACAACCAAGCAGUAAAACAAUAUUUUUACCAGAUAAACAAAUGGAAUACACUUUGCCUGGAGAUGAACCAGCAAUAGAUCAAAUUCAGAGGGUUAAAAAUUCUCAAACUAUUUACGAAGCAUCUAUGUGCGCAGAAGUCACUGUUCCCCCAACCUCAAAUCAAAAAGAAUCUAUAUACACCUCAAUUUAUAUGGACGAAGAAUCUCCAGCUUCUUCCAGAGUUUAUGAUACAAAAGGUCUUAAACUAAGGCAGACAAUUGUAAGUUCAGAAGACAUUUUUGAAGAUUCUCACACAAAAAACGAUCCUAAAUGUGUUUUCCAAAAAACCACCAUGACUCCAAUUGAAAUAUAUGAAGAUUCAAUUCAAGACGAGCCAGAUAUCAAAAACCGAAACUGCAAAACUAUCUAUGAUCCGAUUGAAAUUACAGAAGAUCAUGUUUCCUAUCAGCAACCAUCAUCAAGCGAUUUGAACAAGAAUAAGAUGAGCAAACGGGAGUCGAUUUAUACUCCAUCGGACAUGAUUGAAGUAUCUCCAAAGUCCAAUGAAAGUAAAUCAUCAACUUCAAAGGUUGGCCUUAAAAAAAGACAGACCAUCUUGAAUACAGAAGACAUGAUUGAAGACACUCAAAAAACUUUAUUCGGGACGGCUUCAAAUGGGUCCGCAAAUAAUCGGCAAACAAUCUUCAAGCCUAAAGAUAUUGAGCUUGAUACAGUGACAAUUCAAGGCUCAUCUAUUGCUUAUUCCAAAAACAAUAAUCCAAGACAAUCCAUUUACACUGCAAGUGAUAUUAUUGUGGAUUCACCGAAAAGCAUGCUUCCCUUAGAAGCACAAUCCAAGCGACAAGUCGCACCAGAAGGCCUUAAAACCCGACAGACAAUCUUCACUCCAAUUGAUAUAAUUGAAGAUAUUCCAAAAGAAUGCACAUCUAAAAGUGUACUUCAAAAAACAAACGUAAAGUCUAUUGAUAUGUUAGAGGACUCGGUGCAAGAAGAUAGUCUGUCCAGAAAAAGUCAUAAGCCGACGGAAUCAGUACAUUGUCCCAGUGACAUGCUUGAGGAAUCUAUAAUGAAUGUUCUUACUGAAAACCAAUCAAAAAGUCUUAAAAACCGCCAAACAACAUUCACUCCAGAAGACAUUAUCGAGGAUUCUAUCAGAGAAGUUGAAACCACAGAUGUUUUUCAAAAAACAGCCAAAAUGCCAGUUAGUAUCUUUGAAAGUUCUGUUAACUCCUUGGAAUUGGUUUCGAAGACAACUCUCAGAAAGUCUCAAAAUAUUUGUCAAAAUACUGAAAGGGAAGGGAAAAAAUAUAGAGAAUCUAUUCAUACUCCUAGUGAUAUGAUUGAAGAUUCGCCUAAGCCAACGAGAUCUACAAGAAUAGACGCAGAAUCAUCUGACCCUAAAAAAUGUCAGACACUAUUCACCCCACACGAUAUAGUGGUAGAUUCUCCAAAAGAGGCAACAUCUAAAAGUUUACUUCAAAAAACAAAUAAAUCAACAAUUGAUAUUUUCUCAGAACUUUCACAAGCACCACAAAUUGAAAGCCAACUGAAAACAGCUAAAAAUCGUCAAACUAUCCACGAAUCUGCUGAUAUUGAAGAAGCGACAACUUCAAAUAUGCUUUUCAAAAGUUGCAAGACUGUAUACGAUCCUUUUGAUAUUGAAGAAGUUGCAAUAUCGAGUGAGGUAGUAAAAUCCUCUAGCAAAGAUAUCAAUAAUUGUCGUACAAUUUUGGCAUCAGAGGAUUUAAUUGAAGAUUCUAGAAGUUUGGCUCAAAAAACUUUAAACAUGCCUUUCAAUAUCAUCGAGGACACCUUGCAGCAAAAAGAGCCUACUUUGAAGUUAGCUGUGAAAGAUCGUCGGACUGUCUUCGACAAUGCUGAUAUUGAGGAGGAGGAGAAUAAGGCACUUAUUAAAAAUGAAUCGUCUUUAACACUGAAACACAAGUCAAUAAAUAUUUCAAGUAAGAUUAUCCCUGAUAAUUUCGACGAAGCGAUGUCGGUUCAAGUUCAUCCAAGUACUAUUGUAAAUUCAAAGGAAAAACGACAAACAACUUAUAAUCAAGUCGAUUUAUCCCUUGACUCUAAAACUCCCACUUCUCCUAACUUAGAAUCCAAAGAGAUAGAGGAAGACCUUCCCAAGGUGAAUAAGCAGCGUGCACCAUCAAAGAUCAAAGUCUUUCGGCGUGAAUUAUCUUCCACGGAUUUGAGUACAAACAAAUCCGGAAAAAUUCAAAAUGUAGCUAAUCUGGAUUCGAAUCAAGUGAAGACAUCCGCUCCUAUGUUUUCUUAUGCAGCACAUCAAGCUAAGCUACAAAGAAAACGGCAAUCAAUUCAUACACCUGUUGAUAUGGUAGAAGAUUCUCCUAAGUCUUCCGUAAAACCUCCUCAAUCUCCAAAGGCUGAGAAAGUCAUAACGGUUAAUGAAUCCUGCAAUAUUAAAACAGUUUCCCCAAAACAGAAUUCAGAUGAGAAUAUUUUUCAAAAAACUACAAUAGUUACCGACGACGACAAACCCUCAACGAAAAACAAUCGUGAAACCAUUCACACUCCUUUGGAAAUGAUGCAGGAUUCACCGAAGAAACCAAUUGAACUAGCUGAAGUUAGACAGACUCGACUCUAUGAAACUAAGCCAAAAACUCUAGAAUUCAAGGAACAAGGAAGUGACUUGCCAUUUAGAAAACCCACAAAACUCUUUACGGAAAAUUUAAAAUCUAUGAAAAAUCCAUAUUCAUCAACAAAAACAUUAAUGGACCAGGUUAUGCAAGAUAUGGGUUAUUCUAUGAAUUUUCAACUUCAAUUUCCUCCCGAAGGCAAAGUGGCAUCUGAAAAACUACCAGAAAUCCCAAGUCCUACGAAUGAUUUAUAUCAAUCAAUGAACAUGACUGUGGAACAAAAUGCAAUGGAACUCUCAAUAGCUGACGGGAAAAAUUCAAAGAAACACCAACAAAAUACGAUGUAUCUUAGGGAAGGUGUCGCCGAGGAAGAUGUGAAAAAGAAAAGUCGUCAACAAAUGUUCAAUUCGCAAAUGGAAUUGAUUGGUGAUGAUAAUGCAAUAAAUCAUAAAACCUCUCAACCACACUUUGGCAGAGAAGCCAAAAGCAACCAAGGACAGAUGAUUGAUGAGUCAAUGGGUGUUUCGCUUCUUAAAUCAUAUAGUUCAUAUGAGCAAAAUAAGCAGCCAGAAGUCUUGAAGGAAUCAAGAAGCCAACGUCAGACAAUUUAUUUCAAUCAAGAUCUAGAUGAGGAAGAUGUAAACGCCGUUCAGAAAUCUUUACAGUCCGCUACGAUCAGUGAGAAAGGUCAACAGUCAUCACUAUCGCAUAAAUUUGUCCAUCAAACUAUGUAUAUCCACGAGGAUUUAGAAGUAGAGAAAAUAGAUGAUCGGCAGGAACCCAAAGCCCACGAAGUUCCUAGUCGCAAAACCAUUCACUGUAAUGAGGACCUUGAUGUGGAAACUCUCCAACAAUCAUCGGUGAAAUCGGUCAAUCGGAAAUCGGCUAUUGAAACCAAUAAAGAAAACACACCACCCAAAGAAAUUAGACGAAAAACUAUGCAUUUAAAUGAGGAUCUCGAAACUUCGGUGAAAGAUUCUCGUCAUGGAAUUAACCGACGAACCAUGAAUUUAAACGAAAAUAUUGAAGAAGAAGAAGAUGAACAGCUACUUACAUCCACCGCAUCAAAACUUGAAUUGCCAGCUAAGAAAAAAGACACUCGUCGAACUAUUAUAAUGAAUCAAGAUCUAGAUUUAAGUGAAAUUGUUGAUUUACAAAAUGUUCUGCCUGAAAUUUCUUCACAAGACUGCCCCAAGGCCAAUCGUCGAACUAACCAUACAAAUCAGGAUCUAGAACUUGAGAAAACUCACAUAAAUAGCCCUCAAGCUAACAACAACCAAAAACGAUCCAAAGAUCGCCAAACAGUUCAUUUAAAUCACAGUCUUGAUUUAUGUGAAAUGGAUAUUUCGCAAAUAGAUCCUCAUGCAAAUAUUUUAAAUCAAGAUCCUCAGGUUAUUCAGCCAAAACCUAGUCGUCUCACAACUCAUAUCAACCAAGAUCUUGAUUUAUCAAAUGUCGGCAAAAUUAAAUCUGAGAUUCUCCCACAGGACUUCAUUAACAUUAAUCGUCGAACUAACCAUACGAAUCAAAAUCUAGACAUUGAAACAAGUCAGAUAAAUAGUGAUGAGGUUAACCACCAGAAAAGACCGAAAGCUCGUCAAACAAUUCAUUUAAAUCAGGACCUUGAUUUAUGCGAAUUUUCCCAGGAUCAUAAUCAAAAUCCUAUGGUCAUUCCUUCAAAACCUAAUCGUCAAACAAUUCACUUUAAUCAGAAUCUUGAUUUAUCUGAAAUUCACGAUUUGCCAAAGGUCAGAAGUCCCCAGAAGUCUUUCAACAGAGACUCAAUCCCAACUAAUAGAAAAACAAAUUAUUUGAACAAAGAUCUUGAAAUCGAUGAGGAAGACGAACAAAAUUAUUCUCAAGCUAACCGCAAAACAACAUUUUCCCCUCAAGACCUUGAUCGUCAUAAAUCUUCAAAACAAAGAAGACAAACCAUUCUUGAGACUCAAGACCUGGAUAUGAGCAUAGAUUCAGAUGUAAUUCAUCCAAAAAGUAAACAGGACCGGCAAACUGUUUACUUCCAACAGGAAAUUCAAUUAGAAGACAUUGAUCAGGGUUCAAAAAGAAACAACUAUUCUUCUAUGCCUCAUCAAGAAAUUGCUGCCAAUGACUAUGAUGAUGACGUUGACAUUGUAAAGCGCAAAAAUAUCUUCAAUGAAACCAAAAAGAACACAGAAGAGAAUGCUUUUCGUUAUCCAUUGACAGAUGGAUCUAAAAUUGAUGAGACAUCUGUUACUUACUUUAACAACCACAAAUCUGGGUUUAAAAAUACACGAAAUCGUCAAACUGUUCAUUUUACCAAAGAUAAUGAUUUGGAUGAAAGUGUUAAGCCUGUGGUGGUACAUGCUUCCAUUGAUUCUGCUACCGAUGAUGAAAACAGUGUGAACAGAAAUUGUUUAAAAGACAAGAAAGAAGUUUCUUCAAAGUAUUUAAAUAAACAACCAAGACGUGUUACAAUCUGUGAUGCUCAAACUUUGGAUAUGGAUGAAUCGAUCUUACCAAAGUCUACCGCACGUAAAUCAAGCUUUAUGAGAACUCUUAAUUUUGAUGAAGUUCCAAAUGAAAUGUCUCUUCAAAAAUCAACAUCAACAUCUUUGGCAAAAUCAAAAGUAACCAACGAUGAUGUAUCUCCAGUGUAUAAUCCCCGAUUGAAGCCUAAAAUUCCGAUGACACCCUCCGAAGUCGACAGAUCACUCGCCGAAUAUCUUAAAAUGGAAGCAGCCAUAGAAGAUGAGGAAGAGGAAAUAUUUUUUGAUGCAGAAGAUGGGACAGAUAAUGGCAAACCUUUGACGAAUAAACGUCAGACUUGUCAUCUGCCAAUAAACAUCUUGGAAGAAUCUGGUAUGCAGCCACUUCCUCCAUCACAACCAACAACCAAACGACAAACCACUUUUUCUCCACAAAAAAUGACAAAUGAAUCUCCUAAUCACUACCAUGCACUUAAAUCUAUGAAAACUCACCACAACGAAACACUGCAACAAGAUGCGGACAGUUCACCUAAAGGUAUAUUCCAGAAGAGUCUUCUUAAAUCAGCAGACAUGCCUAUGAUGGAUGUGUCUCAUAGUCCUAAACAAAAGCUCAUGGAAUCUCGAUUAGAAACAAACUCUAAUGCUGUUCAAAAAAAUCGCCAAACCCUACACUUUAACGAGUCCAUUGAUAUCGCUGACGUUUCUUCCACAUGGAAGCGCAGUUCUGCCGUUCAAAGUGUUAAGGAAAUGCUUCUUGAAAAUACCCGAUUGUUUUCACAAUCAAAUCUUAUGAAGCCGCCAACGACUUCAGACCCCUUUGAAAACAAACAAAGAUCGACAGUAUUUUUUCUGGAUAACCAAGACUCUAUGGAUGUCAGCUGCAUUGAGAGUGGUCCUGCAGAUCCAGAAUGUACUCCGACUAAAAAUAAAUUAUCUCGAAUUCCACAACUUAUUGGCAGUGCCAAAAAGUUAGAAUCUCUGAAAAAGAGUAUGGAAUUUAUUCAACAAGAAUUACCAAACAUUGGCUCUCAUUUGAGAAAAAACGAAGCAUACGAGAAUAUUGAUGAUUCUCCGGAGGAUCAAGAAACACCAAGAAGAUUCUCAACAUCGAUUCCAAAGAAGCUGGAAGAGAUGGCAGAUGAAUCGGUUGAAAUGUGUGAAAAUGAAAAUUUAUCUGAAACAAGUGAAACAUCAGAAUCACCUCAAAAAGAAGUUAGACAGUUGCAAGAGUCUUUUGAUACAAUUGAUAUUCCAAGGAAGGUUCUAUCCUCGGUAAGAAAGACAAUGCAAGAAUCCCCACGAAGAGAUGGUGACGAAGUUCCUCGAAGAACAAUCAAUUUAAGUCAGAAAGAAGCUCUACAAGAAUCAUUCGAUACUGUUGAGAUACCAAGACGUGGGACAACUUUCCAGCGAAACGACACUGUCUACAUUUGCCCGAAUGAAAAGGAAACAACAGUAAAUGCAUCUCACAAGUCCUUGUUUCAAUUCGAUGUCGAAGAACCACCCAUAACAAUUUCCGAUGUAUCAACAUUCUUCAGUCAGAAGUUGCUUCCAAAUGGCAAACUAGCCGCAGCAACUUAUUCGCCCAAUACCACUGAAGCACUGCGUAAAUUGAAUGUAAAUGAAAUCGAAGCUCUCUCCAGGUCUCCCAGUUCAGAUGAUACAACUCAUAAUUUGGCCAAUUUCAAAAAGCGUUAUGUCGAGCUGACAUGUGACAGCCUAUUGUUGUCCGAUUCGAGGGACAACAUAGAAAAGACACACUUGAGUCUGGUGAAUACCUUCGAUGACGAAUCGGAAAUGGUGCAACCUCAUCGGGAUACUGACAUUGAAAUUGACAUUGUACCUGAAAUUUCUCAGCCAGAAAUCAAACCAAAAUCAUCGUCGUCGACGGUGUGUAAGAAGUGUAAAUGUCAACAAUCAAGCACAACAAUACAAAACGAUACGACCAUUGGAAGUUUCAUGUUGGAACCGUUGCCAGUGUAUGAGAUAGACCUGAGCGAGCUGGAACAACUGGCAAAGAAACCGAAUAUCGCUGCUGUUGGGAAAGUGUGGCGACAAAAACUGCGCGAGAGCGAUAGCUUCAAUGUGUCGGAUGGUAGUCGAAGUAUGGCAAUGGACGAUGAGGAUUCGAAGUCAGUAGAACAAUUGUUGAUGGAACUGGCUGAGGAGAGAUUAACAAAUACGCAAUAUAGAAAGAAAAACCGAAAAGAGGUUAAAAUCGAAAAUAGUUUCCUAUACAAGGUUCGGAGAAAAAUGCAGAGCAUAUCCAACUGGAUUAUUAACGAUAUUCUUCUUUUCAAUAAUAUUAUUGUGUUAACCCACACACGACUGCGAACAUUUGCAAUACUUAUUAACUUUACGCCAAAAGAUUCAAGAGGAGUGGAAGUGAUCUUCGAUGACAUUCAAUUGAAACCAAAUAUGUUACACACUCACCAAUGGAAACCAUAUGAAUAUGCGUUGCAUUAUCAGCUUUUAGUGGAGUUGCCAUUUGAUUUGAAAAAAAUCUGUCCAACCGGUGAUAAAUUCUUUGAUCUACUCGAGCAUGUUGAUGAAGUCGUAGAAGAUGUCCUCAAAACGGGCAGGGAAAUGCUUUCUCUUCUAUUGCCAUCACCUGCUUCGUUGAUAAGAGAACCAUCUGGAAGACUUUAUAUAAGAAAAUACGUUCGAACAAAAACUCCUCAAAAUGAUGUUAAACUUACGGAAUUUCAUAUUGAAAUUCGAAAUAUUAAAAAGUUAUCAUAUGAGUCGAUAGCCAUGCCGCCGCUUUAUGAAUUCGACGAGAAUAUUCAAUUGCUGCCUGUUGGUAACGACUUUUUGAGAAAUUUUCUCAAUGAUCCUUUGAAGUUUAUCAAAAAAUGAAUAAAUCUGGAUGUGU